AUGGAUCAGCGACUCGAACUGGGGCGGGAAAGACCAGCUCAGCUUCUCAUCGAAGAAAAGGGGCCAACCAAGAUCCUCGCCGACAAACAUCCAACUGUUUCAUACAUCUUCAAAGCAGCAGCAGUGACCGCUACUACAGACCAUCAACUGCAACGGAAUGAUCCACCCAAGUUGGCCGCAGCUUCGGAGUCGGAGAGAUACCAAAGUAGCCAAAUCCGCAACAAGAUCCUCUUCGCCCUGGGGAUCUUCCUCAUCGAGCUGUGCCUGAAUAAGACCUUCGAAGAGAUACGUCGUGAGAGCCAGGCCGCCAGCCAUUCGUCGUCGACUGACCUUCCAUCCUCGAUCGUUGACGACUUCGAGAUCGCAGACCGCCAGUUAGACAGGAUCUACCUCGAUGCCGGUAAUUCAUACGGAUAUGCCGUGCAGCGGUGCUUGCGCUGCGAGUUCCCCGGCCGCGACGUGACGAAAACCUUUGACUUCCAGGCCUUCAGGCGGCAUUUUUUCAGCGGGGUGGUCGCGCCUGUUCAGGCGACGAAGUUCGGCAAACAGAUACAGAAGCGCCAGCUUGAGGUUCCUGAAUAUGCCGCCAGUUUUGUGAAUUACAAGGCGCUCAAAAAGCUCAUCAAGAAACUCUCUGCUACCCCGACAUUGAGCGCCCUGAAUGACCAUCAAUAUCCUCCUACACCGGUAGACACCCAGGUUGCUCUGCAGGCAAACAAAGCAAAGUUCUUCUUCCAAUUGGAGCGGGAGCUUGAGAAGGUCAAUGCCUUCUACCUGCAAAAGGAGGCCGAGCUCAAAAUUCGGCUCAAAACAUUGCUGGACAAGAAGAAGGUCCUGCAAUCGCGCCAGGGUGUUUCCAGACGAUCUGCCAAGUUCACCACCCUGGAGGAGGGGUUUCAACAAUUCGCCAACGACCUGAACAAACUCCAACAAUUCAUCGAGAUCAACGGAACUGCCUUCUCCAAAAUUCUGAAGAAAUGGGAUAAAACGUCCAAGUCCAAGACGAAAGAACUAUACCUCUCACGGGCUGUAGAGGUCCAGCCAUUCUUUAAUGCCCCAGUCAUCAGCGAGCUCUCUGAUCAGGCUACGACGAGUCUGCAAGAGCUAGGUGCCUGGGCUGAUGGCGACCAUGUCACGUUUGAAACCCGGACAGAACAUAUGGUCAGCAGUCAACACUUGCUCGGAACCGACGAAGGCGAUGCAGAUAGUCUGUUGCUGGAUAUCGCCAUCACCGGCAACCUGGACUCCCUACGGGACCUUCUCGCAAGAAUGCAAGCUGCGUCGAGCUCACCGGCAACAAUGAACAUCUCACUGAUGGAAAGAGUGACCCGCACCUUUCUAGCUGCAAUCCACGAGGCGCCCCAAGCAUCCCUCGAGGUCUUGUUGGCGACGGGGCUCGUUGACAUCCGGUCUGAAGAUGACAUUAACGAGCGAAAUUGUCUCCACCAGGCGACUAUCUACGGCAAUUCCUUCGUCCUGGGCGUCGGCCUUUCUGGAGGGGUCGCUGUCAACAGAACAGACGUCUACGGCCGGGUGCCGCUGCAUUAUGCAAGCAUGCAUGGGCGGCUAGACAUGCUCGAGGCUCUACUUCAAGCUAAUCCUACUACGAUCGACCUGAUCGACCACGACAACUUCACCCCCCUGAUCCACGCAAUCAUACAUGGUCACCUCGCGUGCGUAAAGCGGCUUCUAGCGACGUCAUCUCGGUCGGAUCCCGUGUCGGAAACAGACCAUAUACCCCUUAAUCUGGCCUGCGAACACGGAUCAGUUGAGAUCGUGGAGCUCUUGCUGCAGCAUGGCGCGCAGAUACUCCCCGAUGCCGAAGGACUGUACCCACAGCAUCUCGUAGCCCGUUCGGGCCAGACACCACGGUUACUUCGUCUACUGCAGCAAUAUGGUGCCGACUUGGACCAAGUAGAUAAGCUGUAUGGAUGGACACCCCUGGUUCAUGCUGCAAGCGAGGGCAACGUGCCUUGCCUGCAAGAACUGCUCAACGUGGGUGUCGACCCGACCAUCGUCGACGAGAAAGAUCUCCCUGCCAUGUACUAUGCUGCUUGGGAAGGGCAUCUAGCAUGUAUGCAGUUACUUACGCCAUGUCAACGAGACAAGACUGCAAGCCCCUUCGUGCCGCAACCCUCUGGGUCUCUCUUGACGCCACUGGGCAGUGGAAGCGCGCCUGAUCCCAUGUCACUGGAUGCCGACGCCAUUCCAGUACUCGAACUACCUCCACCUAUCAUACCUCUGCGGCGGUAUGGUCAUAACUUUCUGGAUACGAAGACUGUUGUCCAGAUCAGCUUUGAGGGAGACGGAAACCAGCCUCUGGUAUUCUUCCACGACAGCAAAUACCCUGCCUCGCGGCUUACCAUUUCCUCCAAGCUUUCCGACCUCAUACCUAAAAACAUAAUGCUGCCCUUCCAAGAGGAUACACGACUCGUGUCUUUCCAGAUCGAUAAUCUCGACACAUUCACCCUCGAUUUUGAUGUCUUCCCGACAUACGGCGCGAAGAUUAUCGCGAAAACGGUUGCUCUUCCAAAUACUUUCCGAGCUUCGCUGAGUAGCUCGGGGCGAUGCUGCCUCCCGUUAUUUGAUCCUCGGCUCCGGGCGAUAGGCCAAAUCACCUUCAAUACUCAAGUCAUCAAGCCAUUCCAGGGGGCACCACUGGAAAUUACAGACUUUGAGACCUACUGGAAGGCGACCAGCCAACUUGACCAAAAUCCAAACAUGUUUGUCACCGGCUCGAGUUUGUCUGGUGACUUCGUGCAGGUGUACGUCCAACACACCAGCGACGGUAUUCCCGUCCUAUGGCCACGGUGGAUGAUACAGUGUGGUGGUGUCGACAUACCGGUCUCGCGAUUGUCUUAUGACCAGUUCACAACUGUCACGGCCGCCAGCCCAAGUCGUGUACAGCUUGCGUCAGUGCCCCAACAGGGUCUGGAGAACAUCGCCGAGGUCCAUCGAGUUUUGUCCACAGCAGGCAUCUCUCUAGAACAGGCCCUGUCUAUCUUGCCCUCUUCGAUGCAUGUCAACCUACAGAUCAUCUACCCGUCUGAAGACGAAGAAAGGAUGCUCGGGCUAGGACCAACGGUGAAUGUCAACAGCUUCCUUGAUGCUAUGCUGACAGUCGUGUUUGACCACGCAAGAGAGCAGCGGGCUCGGAGGAUGUCGGCUCCUGACACGGUCCGAUCGGUUGUCUUCAGCUCCUACAACCCCACGCUUUGCACUACGCUGAACUGGAAACAACCCAACUUCCCCGUCUUCCUGUGCAAUGACCUUGGACGAGCAGAGGUCAUGCCUGCACCGAAUGUCAUUCAGAGUAGUGGCCGGAGGACGUUCUCCGUCAAGGAGGUUGUGAGGAUAGCACAGAACAAUAACUUCAUGGGCCUGAUAUGUUGUUCUCGGCUUCUGGAAAUGGUUCCAGCCCUCGUGGACGCGAUCAAGUCGAAUGGACUGGCACUCGUCAUUGACAAGUCAGCCGAGCGAGUGGAAGAGCCGCGGCUCGCGGAUCCCUUCCCACGCAUGCCUAAAGGCGUCGAUGGACUGCUUAAGAGUAAUGGUGUCCUGCGCUUUAAUGAGUCUAUAGGUGUAUAG